CGACGAAAAGGCCACGGCCCACCCCACAAGCACCAACCACGACCAUGUGAUGCAACACCACGACUCAAUGGUACCGAGCAGAAACAAUAUGGAGGCAUACAUCAACCCUCCUCCCAAGAGUAUGAUCUCCAAGAACAACGGAGACGCGUGCUUAACUUCGUUGACCGCCGCUUUCUUGUAG